UGCAAUUCAGAUGAAUCCAUGUGCUAUCCACACACACAUACACACAAGAAUUCAAUUGUACAUUGUUUAAUUUUGAUAAGUGUUUAUGUGUGAUAAUAAUAAGAUUGCUCCUCUUUGUUUCCAUAAUAAGUCCUCAAACUUUUUUUUUUAGUCCAUCAUCAUCGAUAGAAUCAUUAAUUGUUUAUAUAUUCCAUUAAAGUCUUUGUGUGUGUGUGUGUGUGUGUGAUGUAUCAUCAUUUUCAUUGACAAAUAAACUAUAUCACUGUGACAUUAUUUGGCACGAAUUCUAUUCAAAAUUUAUAAAAUUUUGGCAUGUGAUUUAUUCUGUCCUCUCUCUCUCUCUCUCUCAUACACUGGAUACACGCUGAUCUAGUCUAUUGAACAUGAUAAAUUAUAUACUCAAAAAAUAAAAGACAAAUUUCGUAAAUAUUUGGCAUUGAACUAUCAACAAGAAUAUAUUGCAACUAUAACCCCGAAAAACUUAUAGACAGACAUCAAGUUGUCGACUUUUUUUUUAACAACAACACGUGCAAGUCCACAAGUGAAGCCUUCACAUUCGUUCGAAUAUCAACUAAACACUAGUUUGAUCAGAAAUACUCAGAAUAUUACGGAUGAUCAACCAUUUUCAAAGCAAUUCGAUGAUUAUGGCAUUGAAGAUUUUUUCAUCAUAAAUAACAUUCUAUAUGUUUCUCUUUACACUACAUUCCUUUGAUUGCUUUUUUUUUCAUUUUCGUUCUGUAACUUUUAUUCACCAUUACUUUUGAUCAUCAUCAAUUUGUUAAACAAUCUCAAUUCAUUAUUUUCUGAAACUAAUAUGGACGACAAAAAUGUAAAGAAAAAUACAACUGAAAAUUCAAAAAUGAUCGAAUCAAAUGUAGAUACUACCUCAAUUUCAGGCAAAAAUGGUGCCAUACAUAAUGGUCAAGAAAAUGGCUAUAAUCAUUCAAAUGUACUCAUUACAAAUGGUGUUGGUGGUGGUGGUGGUGAUACAAAUCAUUCGUCUUCCACAUCUUCAUCGCAAUCAUCCGGUACUCAAACACCAACUUUAGAUACUAAAUUAAUAUUCUUCGAAAUGAUGGCACAAAUAAUUCGAUACCAAUUACAAAUCUGUGAUCGACGACAACCUAAUAAAUCGACAGAAUCCGCCGAUCAAACAAUGGCUUCUUCACUCGAUGAAUUAUCAUUAACUAUCUUUCCAAGACUUGAUGAUUCAAAAAAGCGUCCUUAUAUGUUACAGCCUUCUAUGUUUCCAUUGAUGUAUCCUACUGUAUAUUUUGUUUCUGAAGAUGAUGUUCUUUCCGAUGUUCCACAAGAAGUGAAAUCAUUUUUACGUUGGAAAAUGACUAGUAUAACGGCCAAUACGAUGCGUUCGAUUGUAGUCAGAUCUGGAUACAAACUUAUGCCUGUUGAUCGUAAUCCUAAAAACAAAACAUUCAACAAUUGGAAUGCUAUCUGGUGUAAACAUUUACGUGUUAAUGAAUUUCAACUAAUCGGUUAUUAUCAACGUGUUAAUCAUUUUCCUGGUAGUUUUAAUUUUGGACGUAAAGAUCGAUUAUGGCUUAAUCUGAAAUCAAAAAUAGAAAAACAUGGUGUCGAUAUGUUUGGAAAUUUUCAUCCACCUACAUUCAUUAUGCCAAAUGAUUAUUCAUCAUUAGUUACAUAUUGGAAUAGUGAUGAAUCGAUACUUACUAAUCAUAAAUCAUCGGAAAAAUGUAAUGGUCAUAUACAACCGAAAAUGUUCAUCUGUAAACCACCGGCAUCGGCUCGUGGACAAGGAAUAGAUAUUGUUUCAAAUAUGGAAGAAUUACAUGUUCUAAUGUCUAAACAAAAUUCCAAUGGUAAUGGAAGUAAUUCACGUAAACCAAAAGUAUCGAUGGUGGUGCAAGAAUACAUUUCCAAUCCAUUCCUUUUGCAUAAUGAUGCCAAAUUUGAUCUUCGUGUCUAUGUGUUGAUAACAUCAAUAUUACCAUUACGUGUCUAUGUUUAUGAUGAAGGUCUUGUACGAUUCGCUGCUAAUCGUUAUUCGAAUAGUGUUGAUGAUAUCAAAAAUCAAUUUAUUCAUCUCACCAAUUAUAGUGUGAAUAAGAAUUGUGUAGAAUAUGUACCAAGCAGUAAUGUUGAUGGUCAAGAUGGCCAUAAAUGGACAUUGAAAACAUUAUGGAAACAUUUAUCAAUGACAAGAAACUUGGAUGUAGAUCAAAUAUGGCAACAAAUCAUUGAUCUUAUCGUAAAAACUGUGAUCAGUUCCGAAUCAAAUAUUCUGACAUUGCUUAAACAAAAUCUAAAAAAUCGGCGUUCUUGUUUUGAAUUGCUUGGCUUUGAUAUUAUUUUGGAUGAAAAUCUAAAAUUAUGGCUACUAGAAGUAAACAUUACACCUAGUUUACGUGCCGAUUCUGUGCUGGAUUUUUCCGUUAAAAAUCAAUUAGUACGUGAUAUUCUCAAUACAUUGGGCUAUCAAUUAUCACCACGUUUUCGACGACAUUAUAAUUUCGGUUCUUUUGUUUGUCCGGAAAAGAAUGAUCUUUUCGCGCAGAUGAGCAUUCCUGAUAAAGAUAAGCAUGAUGAAUUUGAAGAAUGUUUUAAAACUAAAGGAUUUGAUGAUGUAUAUUCGAAUGAUUUGAUUGACCAAUUGAACGAUGAUGAUGUGAUGCAUUUAAUGGAAUCAGAAGAUGAAUUGAGCCGUUGUGGAAAAUUUUGUCGUGUAUUUCCAGCAUCGAAUAGUCGUUAUUAUCUGAAUUACUUUGAUUCAUGCCAUUAUUACAAUUUGUUAUUGACAGCCUGGGAAGAACGGUAUCAUAAACGACGACAACUCGGUAUCGACCGUCUUAGCUCUUAUAUGUUGGCUAAAGAUUCGGUAAAAUUGAAUGUUGAAAAACUAAAGGAUCAAUUGAAUGAGAUAAAUCGUAACAUUUCGAUUCUACGUCAACAGCAAUCUUUGUCACAAACUUAACUAAUUAAAUAAAUCAUUUAAUUCAUCGAAUUAGGCCAUUUAUAAUUAACUAAAUAAAAAGUACCAAAAAUAAUAA